AUGAGCAAUCAACUAUCCCCUCUUCUCCAACAAGCCGACGACAACACUAGUUUCCUAUGGAACAAAUGUCGCCAGCAAGUCACCUCACAGUCAUGCCAGUGGCAUAGGUUUGCCAAUGAGAUCGUACUCUUGCUUCAGAAAUCAUUGCCCGUUAUAAUCGCAUAUGCACUGCAGAACAGCUUGCAAACAUCUUCACUUCUGAUUGUCGGUCGCACAUCACCGGAAAAUCUCGCCACAGCCGCCUUUUCCUAUAUGUUUGCAACAUGUACUGGGUGGCUAAUUGGGAUGGGUGGUACCACUGCCCUGGAUACUCUUGCAUCGUCAGCAUUUACAAGCCGUUUGAAUGAGCAGUACCUCGGUGUUCUUCUACAACGAGCUUUUUUGGUUCUCGGUUUGAUGUACAUGCCAGUCAUUGUGCUCUGGGUGUAUGCAGAGCCUAUAUUCUUAGUCCUUGGGCAAGAUGCAUAUUUGUCGAAGAGCUCUGCUAGCUUUCUGUCCUGCUUGAUUCCGGGUGGGCUAGGAUAUAUCUAUUUCGAAGCCAUGAAAAAGUACCUACAAGCGCAAGGUAUAAUGUCAGCUGGUACUUAUGUCCUUCUUCUGGUUUUCCCCGUCAAUAUUCUUUUGAACUAUAUGUUCUGCAAUACGUUGAAAAUGGGAUUACUCGGCGCCCCUCUUGCUACGGGUAUAUCCUACUGGCUCUGCUUUAUUCUCUUGAUUCUCUAUUCGGUCUUCAUCUCUGGCCACCAAUGCUGGGGAGGAUGGACCACGAAAGCGUUUCAAAAUUUGGGCGUAUUUGCGCGCCUAGCUAUCCUAGGGAUAAUCAAUGUCGGAGCUGAAUGGUGGGCUUUUGAGAUUGUUGCCAUUGCCGCGGGCUGGCUCGGAAUUAUUCCAAUGAGCGCCCAAAGCGUGAUUAUGACCACGGACCAAAUCCUCAACACCAUUCCCUUUGGAAUUGGUGUCGCAGCCUCUAGCAGAGUUGGGAAUUUUCUCGGCGCCCGUGAUGCCUAUGGUGCCGCCCGUACAGCAAAAGCUGCCGCGUAUCUCAGCAUUUGUUUAGGAGCUGCUAUAAUGGCAAUCUUGAUGUUUUCUCGUCAUCAAUUCGCCAAAAUCUUCAGCGAUGAUGCAGAUGUCAUCAGCCUGACCGCAGCGGUUAUGCCAUUUGUUGCGGCUUUUCAAAUCGCCGAUGGCCUGAAUAGCAGUUGUGGUGGAUGUCUGAGAGGCAUGGGUCGCCAGCACAUUGGCGCGACAAUCAAUCUUAUCAGUUAUUACUGCGCUGCUCUACCGUUGGGUAUCUGGCUCUCGUUUCACGGAUACGGGUUGGCCGGUCUUUGGAUUGGUCAGUGCCUAGCUUUGUACAUAGUUGGAAUACUAGAGUGGGUAAUCGUUGCAUGGAGUGAUUGGAAUGGGGAGAUAGAGAGGGCUUUCAGCAGAAUGGACCAGGAAGACACUGACGCGUCUAUGGGAGAAUUUUGA